AUGUUGUUAGCGUUUUGUCAUUGGUUGUGGGAAGUUGACGUGGAAACUGGAGAAUGUAAAUUGUUUUUUAAUAAAGAAGGGGAAAAAUUAGAUACCGUUAAAAGAGCAGUUAGAGUAGUUAGCAACGAGGACUGGAGUGGAACUAACGCUUUAAUUGCUAUUAAUAUUUAA